UGGUUUAAUUAUUAUCUCUCACCGCUCGAUAAAAACCAACUUUUUGGGGAUACUUUUUUAAUAUUUAGUGGGCUGAAAUAAAUAAUUGAAUUUGCGCCUCCUCUCUCGCUCUCUCCGCUCUCUCCCCUUAACCAAGUUAGGGUUUUUGAGGUCUGUCAUCUUCUCGCCAAAUCGAUCAAUUAUGGGAGGGGGCAAUGGCCAAAAGUCCAAGAUGGCGCGCGAGAAGCACCUCGAGAAGGCUAAAGCCGCCGGGAAAGGAAGCCAGCUGGAAACUAACAAGAAAGCUAUGUCGAUUCAGUGCAAGGUAUGCAUGCAGACAUUUAUGUGCACAACGUCAGAGGUGAAGUGCAAGGAACAUGCUGAAGCAAAACAUCCAAAAUCUGAUCUGUCUACCUGCUUUCCUCAUCUGAAGAAGUGAUGUAGUUGGUACAAGAAAAUGCUAUAUGUAGACAUAUUUCCUUAUGUAAAGCCUCAACUGUUAUUAUACACCCAGGAGAAUAUGUGCCUCAAGACUUAGGAACUGAUUGAUCCUUAUGUCUUUUCAAUAGGAGAUUGAUUCAUUCCUGCAUCUCUAUUAAGGUGAACAUUUUUGUUUAUUUGGGCUUCUUGGUUUCGAAAAAUGUUACCUUAACGUGUCAAA